AUGGCGAACGGUGGACACGGGGUCGUGGUCAACGGGGUCGGUGCACCUGGCGGAGGCACUCUCUCCAGAGAGGAGAGACGUAGACGAAGAAGAGCCACGCAAAAAUACCGAACGGCACACGCUACACGAGAGAGGGUCAGAGUGGAAGCCUUCAAUCUGGCCUUCGCGGAGCUUCGAAAACUCUUGCCAACCUUGCCACCCGACAAGAAGCUCUCGAAAAUCGAGAUUCUCCGAUUGGCCAUCUGCUACAUCGCCUACUUGAACCACGUCCUGGAGGCUUGA